UAAUAAACCAUUAAACGAAUUGAAUUAACAAUAGCAUGUAUAUAUAAAGAAAUUUAGUGGAUAAAUCUUUGAAAUGAACGCAGAAUGAUGCAUCGGCGAAAGUGUGUGGAGAAUCAACGGCUGCGUUUACUCGCUUCAGCAACAUGGCGGCCGGUGGCACGUAGAGUUCUUGUUUUUGUGGAUAACACGGGGGAUUAUUGGACCUUUUGGGCCACUUGCGACGUAUUUGCUCAGCAGAAAGCCACUAAAACGUACUGUCGAGGUUCAUUUACGUUUUUAAGCCAGUUUGGGUGCGCGGAUCAAGGAGGAAUGUAUCGUCGCGGAGCGGGAAAGAGGGAGCACAACAACAAACCGGUGAAGAAGGACGUGAGUGACAGCGAUAAAUACGCCGAGCUCUUGGUGUUCGGCUAUGCCUGCAAGCUGUUCCGAGACGACGAAAGGGCUCUUUUCCACGAACACGGCAAGCAUCUUAUACCAUGGAUGGGGGACAAGAACAUCAUGAUUGAUAGCAAGGUAGGCUAAGGGGUCCUGCCAAAACCCCGAAUGCCAACCCCAGCCUCCCAUUUCUUUGUCUCCAUGAAGAAAACUGCAACUGAGAGGUGGCGUAGAGGAACGAACGCACGAAAAUGUCGUCCAUUUGGGUUCUUACGGAUAGAUAUGAUGGGCGGGGUCAUUUACAUGACCUUUCAGAGUAUGACAGUGGGUCAUGGAACACAUCCUACAAGCUGUCGGAGGAAGAGGCCAGGAUCGAGGCACUGUGCGAUGAAGAGCGGUACCUGGCCAUGCACACUGACCUGCUGGAAGAGGAGGCCAGACAAGAGGAAGAGUACAAGCGUCUGAGUGAGGCCCUGGCUGAUGAAGGCUCCUACAAUGCUGUAGCCUUCAGAUACAGUGCAGACUACUACGACCCCUCCCAGCCCACCGAAGAGGAGGACGCUAAUAAGGAGCCCGAAGAAGCAGAGCCAGAGGACAGCGAGGAACCCUUCGUCGCUCCUCCGGGGCUGACCAUCCCUCCUGAUGUGGAGCUGCCGGCAACAACCAAGACCCACGCCAUCAUUGAGAGAACAGCCAACUUCGUCUGCCAGCAGGGGGCUCAGUUUGAGAUCGUGCUGAAGGCUAAGCAGGCGGGAAACUCGCAGUUUGACUUUCUCCGUUUUGACCAUUACCUGAACCCUUACUACAAACACAUCCUGCGGGCCAUGAAGGAAGGGCGAUACAACCCUUCUUCUACGGGCAAACAAGAGCAAUCACAGGAAUCCCAUUCUGAUGACUCAGACGAGGAUGGCGACGGCAACUACCUUCAUCCCAGCCUGUUUGCCCCUAAAAAGAGCUCUCGUCUGGAGGAGCUGAUGAAGCCUCUUCAAGUUAUGGACCCGGACCAUCCCCUGGCAGCACUUGUACGGAAAGCCCAACAGGAAAGAAAUGGCACCGCCACAGUGACAGCCAAAUCAGAGGAAGUGGCAGACCCAGCGACAUCCAGCGCGCCAGCACAGUACACUGGUGACCCGAAUGCCGCAGCGGUGUACUAUGGCUACUACAUGCUCCCCGAUGGGACCUUCUGCUUGGCACCGCCUCCACCGGGAAUAGACGCCAGCUCCUACUACAACAGCACGCCCUCGGCCGUGAUGGCUCCUCCUACUUCAUCCGGAGCUCUGCCUGUUCUGGGGACCGCGGCGCCCCCUCCUGACACCGUCGCCAUGGCCACACCCGCCACAGUAGUCCCGUCUCAGGUUACCAUCUCAGCUGCUUCUGCGCCAGACACCAGUUCGAGGCCCCAGGCUCCAGUUUCGACACCAGCAGCGACGGCCAUCAUCCCCCCGCCGCCUGACAUCCAGCCGGUUAUAGACAAACUCGCUGAGUACGUCGCCAGGAACGGAGUCAGGUUUGAGACCAGUGUCCGCGCCAAGAACGACCCACGGUUUGACUUUUUGCAGUCGUGGCACCAGUACAACACCUACUACGAGUUUAAGAAGAAUUACUUCAUGCAGAAAGAAGGAUCAGGUUUACCAGAGACUGGGAGAGACGAUGAUGAUGAUGAUGAUGAUGGAAAGCUUCAGUCAGACAAGGCAGUUAAGGAGUCCAAACUGACUAAGACCUCUUUUGCCCCUAUAUGUUUUGCCAUCAAGGCAAAAGAAAAUGACAUGUUGCCGCUGGAGAAGAACCGGGUUCGACUGGACGACGACUCGGACGAGGACAAGCUGCUGGAGGAGGAGGGGCUGGAGGCCGUGAUGGGCGGGGCCGACAUGAUCGACAAGGAGCCUCCGCCGGUCCCUGCCCCGGAGGAGAAGAGGCCCUCCCUCAGCCUGGAGGAGCUGGAGGCAAAACAAGCCAAGCAGAAGCUGGAGGAUCGUCUGGCCGCGGCAGCCAGGGAGAAGCUGGCCCAAGCUUCGAAAGAAUCCAAAGAGAAGCAGCUACAGGCCGAGAGGAAGAGGAAGGCAGCGCUCUUCCUCCAAACCCUCCGUAACCCUCUCACUGGAGAGCCUGAGGCCAAGAGAGCCGAGCUAGAGUCGUCCGUGCAGCUCGAGAUGCAAGAAGCCCUCUCUGUUCUGUCUGACGCCCCCCCUCCUCAGAUGUCAUCUGCACCACCUGCGUACCCUCAGGAUCAAAGGCCCCCCGUGGAGGACUCAGGAGCCUACAGAAGCCGAGAGGCCCCAUCCUGCUCGGCCUCCUCAUCGUCCUACACUACCUCCAGAGGAGCCGACAGAGACAGGAACAAAGGGAGGGACAAAGACAAAAAGAAGAAGAAACACAAGAGGAGGUCCAGGUCCAGGUCCAGGUCAAAGAGCAGACACGCCCUUCCCAGUGCCUACAGAAGAGCCCGCAGGUCCAGGUCACGCUCACGGUCCCCAGGGCGGAGGGACAGGAGGGGCCCGUCGUCGGAGAGGAGACGCGAGGACAGAGACAGGGAGCGCUCUCGUCCCAGCACCAGCUCAGGCCUGUCCAGGGGGCGCUCCAGAUCCAGAUCCCCACCUGAGAAGAGGAAGAGUUCCUACUCGUCUUCGGGGAAUGUGCACCCUGCAGGCUCCUCCCUCUCACCCUCGUCCUCCUCACCCAGCAGAGCUUUCUCGCCCUCAGCGAGCCCCGCCUCCAGCCUGACCCACUCCAGGGGUGGUUCUCAGGAGAAAGAUAAAGCGGUGUCCUCAUCCAUAGUUUCAUCUGUUCAGUCCAAAAUCACUCAGGAUCUGAUGGCCAGAGUGCGGGCCAUGCUCGCCACCUCCAAGACCUUCCAGCCUCCCACUUCGUGAGGAGGGUGUGUUUUUCCACGAGCCAUGCGGAGCCGGGGCAGAGCCGAGCUUUCCACCCUCUGUCCUGCUCGCCAAAAGACGACAACCUCAGCCCGUCAGCAUGCGGCAGCCUCCCGUUUUGACUCUGGAUUUGUUUUUCCCUCCCUGUGUUUGCCCCCCCACACCCCCCCACCCCCCCUCCCCAUUCCUUUGCUUUCGGUCUGAGCCUCAGCAGAUUUGUUAUGGGUGCGUCACGUCCUCUGCGGCAUUGUCAGUCUGAACUCAAGAAGACUUCAGCGACAGCACGGCAUCUGUUUCUGUACCCGACAGAGAAAACAGCUCAUCAGCCGAGUGGUCAUGAUGUCGUCUGUUUAAUUUGACCGUUUGGUUGCCGUGCGGGGAGUGGAAAUAAAUCAUGAGUUAUCCUGUAUUCUGUUUAGAAGCAAAGAUUAUAAUUUUCUCCAAACUGAUGACAUGAGUCGUUUUUCUGCAGCAUUGCCUAAUUGUGAAGCUGCCAGGGGACUGUAUUCUAUCCUUCUAUGAAGGAUUGUGUUUUGUUCAUUUAUUUCCCUCCACCUCCAUCCAUCCCCCUCUGCUGUUGUUUUCUCUCUCAUUCCUUCUCCCCAUCUGUCUUUCUAUACAGCACCUGGCCUGUUCACUUGAAAAGCUGUUUUUAGUUUUCAUUCUGUCUUCUCAGCUCCAGUGCGUGGCCUUGUUUUUCUUUUUCUUUCUCCUAUUUUCUUCUUCUUCUUUUUCUUUUUUUCUUUUUUUUUCGUUUGUAACAAAUUUAAUGCGGAGCUGCUUUCUGAUGCAAACUGUCAAUAAAGUUUCAGUCAUGAUUUA